GCCAUCUGGCAACACUGAGGUGAAGUGAGAAGAAAAAAACGAAGAGUUCUAGCAUUUAGCAUUUUCGAGAAAAUAUUCUGCAAGAGUUACAACGCAAAAUGGCAGCGCCGAUGCAACAUGAAGAUCUGCUUAAGCUGAAGAGCUUUAUUGAGUUUGUGGACGCAAAUCCCACGGUCUUGAACAUGCCGCAGUUGCAAUUUGUGAAGGAUUUCAUCGAAAAGUUCGGCGGAAAGGUUCCGGCCGGCGAUUUCAAGAUGCCCGACGCCGCCGCAGGCGGAAAGUGCCCCUUCGGCGGCGAUGCUGGUGGACAAGACAAGAAGCCGGCCGAUACCUCCGAGAGUGUCUCCGAUGACAGCCAGGAUGAGGAGUCCCUGUCGGAGCCCGAGUCUGAGGUGGAGCUGGACCUGGAGGGAGUCAUCGAGGCCGACAAUGAGCCUGCUCAGCCCAUGGGCGACUCCGCCAAGGAGCCCACCGAGGAAGAGGCCGAUCAAGCCGGUGACUUGCGUGGCCAGGCUGCGGCCGCCUACGGAGAGCAAAAGUUCGAGGAGGCCAUCUCCCUUUAUACCAAGGCCAUCGAGCUUAACCCGGGCAACGCCCUCUUCCAUGCCAAGCGCGGCCAAGCCUUCCUCAAGUUGAAGAAGCCGAACGCCUGCAUUCGGGACUGUGACAAGGCCCUGGAGCUGAACUGCGACUCUGCGGCGGCCUACAAGUUUCGUGGCCGCGCCCACCGCCUGCUGGGCGACUUUGCUGAGGCGGCCAAGGAUCUGCGCCAGGCCUGCAAGCUGGACUUUGACGAGGAAGCCGACGAGUGGCUGCGUGAAGUGACUCCCAAUGCCAAGAAGAUCGAGCAGCACCGUGUCAAGCAGGAGCGCCGUCAGGCUGAGCGCAAGCUGAAGGAGCGCCAGCGGGCCCAACGGCGAGCGCGCAAGGAACAGGCCAAGCAGAGCGCCAACUCGACUGGAUCGGGUGCUGGUGCUGCUGGUGGCGCUGGAGGUUUCCCUGGCGGAUUCCCAGGUGGUUUCCCAGGCGGUUUUCCUGGAGCUGGAUUUGGGGGUGGCGGUAUGCCCGGCGGCGUGGACAUGGCUGACUUGAUGGAGCUCAUCAAGGAUCCCGAGGUGGCCCCCGCCAUGAAGGACAUCCUCGCCAACCCGGCCAACAUCUCGAAGUACGUGUCUAAUCCGAAAAUCUUCAAUCUGAUCAAGAAGUUCGUGCCCGGCGGAGACAUAGGUGCUGCUUUCGGCCAGGCGGAACCGCCAAAGGCUGGGACAGAUUCCGGACCGGAGCCGAAGGCCACUAAGGAGUCUGCCGACUUCGUGGACGACGGCUUGGACUAAAGUUGUAAGAAAUUCGAAAAAACGCAAAAAAACAUGCCAGACCCUUCACACCACACAGAGCAGGACAACAGGUCUUCAGAGUAGAGAGAUAGAGACGGAGACAGACUGAGAAAACGAAUAAGAAAGAGAAGGAAGACAAGGAGAAGUAGAGAAGGAGACAGCUGCUGCCUUAGCGAUUUCUUAAAAAACGGAAAAUGAAAAAACAAGAAGAAUUGAAAUUCGAAUAACUUUCAAUUCUUUUGGGCCAGUUUUGAAAUUAAAACAUAAAUAAUAAUACAGAUUAAGCGAUAUUUUUCACAAGAACUCCAAACACUUGGAACAAGAGCAAAUAGAAGCACUGGCGAAAAAUAUAAAACCGAAACGAAUGGAACACAAUUCCGGGCGAACAGACCUAUUGUCCACUUGCAGUCACCACCACCUAAUACAUGGCCAGUUUCAUUGCCAACUUCAUGCCGCCUUAGGCCAUUCCCAGCUUAUUUAAGACAAUUAAAAUGCACCGAAAAUGUUACUCACAUUUAAAAGUGAAGUCAAGGCAUGUCUGUCGAUCUAGUUUAACUAAAAGCUCGAUAAGAAACCAAAAAAGCAAGAAUUAUAUGUAUAUUAAACAAUUAGCCCUAAUGAACGAUACUCGGUGCCAGCAGCAUAUAUUAAGCCGCAAAACAAAAGGAAAUUCAUCUAAAGACAAGUGCGGAACUUGUUUUUUUUUUCCAAAAAAAAUUGUACUGAUAAAAAUUUUAAAAAUGUACUAAGCAAAUGCAUUUAGCCGCCCAUACCCACACGAAGCACUCAAACUCACCCACUGGCCCAUUCACUCACAUAUUCAAAAUAUUCAUGGCCUGAGUUCCAAGCAUGUCAAACAUUUAAGCAACCAGUGAUCGAAAUAAAUAAACGAGAAUCCGAAGUGCUAA